ACGCAUCGAAGUUAUCCCAUGGAACGGCAUACCGUUACCACCAGUGAUGGUUGCAACCUCAUUAUGCAUCACAUACCGUGCUCUCCGAAGUGUGAGCCAACUGGAAUGCCCAGUCGCCCAGUCGCCUUACUCAUGCAUGGCAUGUUGAGCUCUUCCAGCGGUUGGAUACUAAUGGUUCCCAAUAAAGCACUCGGUUGUAUACUCAUUGAUGCUGAAUAUGAUGUUUGGUUGGGCAAUGCGCCACAUACUGCCACGUACUGGUAGACCUUUUGGAAUUUCAGUUGGCAUGAAAUCGGCAUUUAAGAUGUGCCAGCAAUGAUCGAUUAUUUGUUCGACCAUACAGGUAAUGCACAGUUGCAAUAUAUCUGUCAUUCGCAAGGCACUACUGUGUAUUUGGAUAUGGUGUCGGAGAAACCAAAAUAUAAUGAUUAAAUUAAAUCAGCACAUCUAUUGGGGCCCGCCGCUUAUAGGGGCAACAUGAAGAGUCCGCUAACGCGUGCCUUUGCACCAAUUCUGGGUCAACCCAAUGCCUUGGUUGGGUUUGUAGGCUCAAUGGAGCUCAUGCCUAGUAAUAAAUUCAAACAGCACUUGGGCAUUGAGAUGUGUCGUGUGUCCUCACCUUUUGUUGAAUUGUGCGCUAUCGAGAUUUUCUUAAUUGGCGGUUUCGAUUCCGAACUUUCAGAUCAGGAAUGGAUUGAACACAUUAAAGCCACGUUGCCAACCGGGGCUUCGGUUAGUCAAAAUCUGGACUUCUGCCAAGAACAUAAUCCGAAGAAAUUCCGUAAAUUCAAUUACAGCGUAAAGGAAGGUCCUUUAAAAUACUGUAAAAUUAAUUAUUUCUCUUUGUAUUUUAUUUUUUCACAGCUUAAAAACGCCUAAACGCAGGUCUUGCUCUACUACGGCACAAACGACUGUAUGUGUGACGUAAGCGACGUUCGAAAAUUACGUAAUGAAUUGCCGUAUAUGAAAUUGGACUACCUCGUGCCAUUUCCGAAGUGGGCAUAUUUAUACUUUAUAUUGGGCAAAGAAGCAAAGAAACAUGAUGAUUAAUGAUAAUGAAGAAAUAUAAAUAUGUUAUUGGCUGCUUUGAACAAUUUCUAACGCUCA